ACUGGCAGCGCCGGGUGAGGAGGAGUAGCGGUCGGAGAGUUCACUUUGCCUUUGUGGGAGUGUUGUACUACAUUACGCGAACCACUGAAAGACAAGUUGUAAGCAAAGUUAAGGAUUUCAAUUCGGCUGCCGUUGACAACAUUCGAGGAUAUCGGUGCGGAUAUCAAACUUUUUUCCGCUUGGUUGCACGGUACUUUACUUUCCUUGUAUGAAGCGACUCUAGUGUGACUCGACUGGACCUAAAAGAAUCCAUAUCUGGUCAAAGUAUUCAACUGUCACAAAGCGGGACCCGUUCGCUAUAAAUAGCCCGGAUAAGCAGUGGAGGAGACUUCCUUUUGAAAACAUCGCUGGGCACUUAGUUGCCUUUUUCUUUACGUUAUUUGGGGAGUCGCUGGGAUUCUAUCGCGCCGCCAUGUCCACCUCCUAUAAGAAGGAAGUAGUGAACUACAGGGACGUGGACGAAGAUGAACUACUGAAGAAACUCUCAGAGGAAGAGCUACAGAGGCUGGAGGAUGAGCUGGAGGAGUUAGAUCCCGACAAUGCCCUGUUGCCGGCCGGGAUGAGGCAGAAGGAUCAGACCAAGAAGGCACCGACCGGAACCUUCCAGAGAGAGAACCUGGUAGCCCACCUGGAGAAGCAGGCCAAGGAACACCCUGACAAGGAGGACCUGGUUCCGUUCACUGGAGAGAAGAGAGGUAAAGUCUUUAUACCUAAGAAGGUGGUGGACCCCAUCAUGGAGAACGUAACUCUGGAGCCAGAGCUGGAGGAGGCACUGGCCAACGCCAGCGACGCUGAGAUCUGCGACAUUGCCGCCAUUUUGGGAAUGCACACUCUGAUGAGUAACCAGCAGUACUACGAGGCUUUGGCCAGCAGCAAUAUAGUCAACAAACAAGGCCUUAACAGCGUUAUCCAGUGUACUCAGUAUAAGCCUGUGCCUGAUGAGCAGCCCAACUCUACUGAUGUGGAGGAGACGCUGCUGAGGAUGCAGAGGAACGACCCUGACCUGCUGGAGGUCAACCUUAACAACAUCAAGAACAUUCCAGUGAAGACGCUGAAGGCCUAUGCAGACGCCCUGACGGAUAACACUGCAGUGGAACGCUUCAGCCUCGUGGGAACCAGGAGUAAUGAUCCCGUAGCCUUUGCUCUGGCAGAAAUGCUGAAGGGGAACACCACACUGAAGAGUCUGAACAUAGAAUCCAACUUCAUCACAGGGACGGGUAUCAUGGCUCUCAUCGCCUCACUGCAGUCCAACACAACCCUGCAGGAACUCAAGAUCGACAACCAGAGCCAGCCGCUAGGUAACAAGGUGGAGAUGGAGAUAGCCAGCAUGCUGGAGAAGAACACCACGUUGUUGAAGUUUGGCUACCACUUUACCCAGCAGGGCCCCAGGCUGAGGGGCUCCAACGCCAUGAUGAACAACAACGACCUGGCUCGGGUAAUCCGAUCCGAUCAUCACUCGGACGGUUCCUUUACUCUCACUCUGUCCGUGCCGGAACUGGAGAGGGCAUUUGGUAAAAAGUUCAAGCCGAAACUCACCAAGCCCAAGACCAAGAAAUAAGAAAGAGAAGGCUUGAAGGCGGUCCCAUCUUCCCCAAGUGUCGGACAAGCGUGUAGCGCCGCCAGGCGCUGCCCGGCCCCGCCCAGCCCCGUAUUCAGCCAGACGCCCUCCGACAGAUAUCCCAUCAACCCCUGCUUUCCCCAACCCUAACCUCGACCCCUCCGCGAUGAUCGAAAUCGUUCCAAUUCGAAUGUCAGGGCCGUUGGCAAACCUUGUUCCUACUGUGGCAUGGAGUUGAUCUACUAUUGUGCUAUUGUUUCUCUCACAGUCUUCUACUGAUAUUGGUUUAGAUAUCUUCGGUAAUUAUAUUAUCUGGUAAUUGUGACAUAGAGAAGCCGCCCACCUAUUCAGAAAGUAUUUAUUUUGUUGUUAGUUUGUUUACUGGAGAUGAACUUGUGGUGGUGGAAGAUUAAAUGGUGUUACAACCAUAAUGUAUAUUGUACCAUGUGCCAUGGGCAACAGGUAGCCUAGUGGUUAAGAGCGUUGGGCCAGUAACCGAAAGGUUGCUGGUUCAAAUCCCCGAGCCGACUAGGUGGGGGAAAAUCUGCCAAUUUGCCCUUGAGCAAGGCACUUCACCCUAAUUGCUCCAGUAAGUCACUCUGGAUAAGAGUGUCUUCUAAAUGACUAAAAUGUAAAUUGCUUAACUUGGUUAUGACGUUAGUACCACAUUAUGUAUUUCAGCAUUUCGCAACCACUUAAUGUAAUGUUUUUCAGUGUGAGGUUCAUAUAAGAUACGUUUUUAGUCUGCAACUCACACUGUCUGUAAGCAAAGGCACAUAACGGUUACAUAGAAGCUAUGUUCAGAGGAAUUGUUGCAGAUUUAAAAACACUUUGGGGUGUAAAGUUGUUUGUUUGUCCAAGUUUACCCCAUGGAGACAGCCACUAGAAGCUGGUCCUAGAUCAGUAUGUCCGCUAUUGUGUAAAUUCUGUAGUAUUACUGAUCUCAAGUCAGUUUAAGUCUUCUCAGUCAAACCUUACACAGAGGGAGGAUGCUACUAAGCGUUGGUUCUAGAUCAAUUUUGUGACGAAGUCGAUAUCUGCUACGAUCCUUUAUUGAUGUCACAUGUUAAAUCCACUUCAGAUCAGUGUAGAUGAAGGGGUGGAGACAGGUUAAGUAAGGAUUUUGAAGCCUUGAGAUAAUUGAGA